AUGCCUUCCGCCAUCUCACCACCAGCAUUUGCGCCUCUCAAGGAUAGUGCGCUGUUCAAAUCGUGGAAACUCGGCAAUAUUACGCUUGAACAUAAGCUGGUCCAGGCUCCACUGACAAGAAUGAGAUGCCUGAAGAACGCCGAGGGUGUAAACGUUCCCUCUGAUCUCAUGGUUGAAUACUAUGGUCAGAGAGCCAGUAAAGGAGGUCUCCAGCUUACAGAGGCGACCGAUAUCUCACGUUACGCGAGUGGAUACCCAGGGGUUCCUGGUGUCUUCUCUGACGAGCAGCUUGCUGCUUGGAAACGUGUGACUGAUGCCGUACACGCUAAGGGCGGAUAUAUCUUCUGCCAGUUGUGGCAUACUGGACGCGCCUCGCCAACUGGACUUCUCAAUGGUCAAACUCCGCUUAGUGCCAGCGAUAUCCCAAUCUCUGGCAAAGCUCUCGACGGUACGGACUUCAGCGCCACACCACCCAAGCCCAUGACCGAGGAGGAGAUUGCUGAGGUGGUCGCGGACUUUGGCAAGGCCGCCAGAAACGCCAUCGAUGCAGGAUUUGACGGAGUUGAGAUCCAUGGUGCCAACGGCUACUUGUUGGAUCAAUUCCUACACGACAAUGUUAAUGUCAGAACUGAUGCGUAUGGCGGCUCUAUCGAGAACCGUUGCAGAUUCCCCCUCCAAGUCGUAAGAUCAGUAUGCGAGGCUGUCGGUUCGCAUCGUGUCGGCAUUCGACUUUCUCCUUACAACUAUUUCCAGGACACGAAGGACAGUGAUCCCAACUCACACUGGGCCUAUCUCUGUGAACAACUUGCUGCACUUCCUCAAGACCACAGACCAGUAUAUGUCCACAGCGUGGAGCCACGAUUCGACGAAGUGCUCGACGAGAAGGCAAAGAUGGAUGCCUUGUCCGCGUAUGGUUCUGGUAAUGGUGUCGAAGCAGAAGCUACUCGCAAGAUCGGCCAUUCUUUGGUACCAUUCCAAAGGAUCUUGUCCAAAGCCGGUAUCAAGUUUUUCGCCGCUGGUGCUUACACGCGCGAUAAUGCUGUGCCUAAACUUGAAGCUGGCGACGCGGACGCAAUAGUUAUGGGAAGAUGGUUCAUCGCAAACCCGGAUCUACCAAGACGAUUGGCCGAAGGUCUCUCUCUCAACCAGUAUGAUAGAAGUACCUUCUACGGCGCGUCUCCACCGGAAAAGGGAUACACGGAUUACCCUUUCUUCCCAGGUGGUGCUGAGGUGGCGGCGUGA